GAAAGAGUGAAUCUUCCGUCUGCCUGUUUUGUGUAAUUCCGUACAUGGACACUGAAACCUUAAAACAAAAUGGAAAAUGUGUUUCUGCAGAUUACGCCCUCGGACGAAUAACGAAUAUUCUAAAUUGGAAAGGUUGUUAAUAACGAGCUUUCCAAGUAAUUAAAAGAACAUUAAUUACAAUGAAUAACGGAAUGAUUGCCUUUCAAUAUUUCGUUUAUAACAUUUCCGGCGACCCCUUGGAUGAUAAUUUCACAUUCAUCUUCAACUCGAGUUUCUUCGAACAGACUGUUUGCGAAACAACUCAAACUUUCCUUUUCAAUACUAGUUUGGGAAUUGAAACUGCUGUCGGAGAAUGGGAAGCGUUAACUACUAUCGUCGUAUUGUCCGCCGUUAUUCUAGGAACCAUCUUCGGAAACAUUUUAGUUAUACUGGGUGUCUUUACCCACAAACCGCUACGGAUAGUGCCAAACUUUUUCAUAGUGUCGUUAGCUGUAGCAGAUUUGGGCGUAGCGGUGUUGGUGAUGCCCUUAAACGUCGCGUAUUCGACUCUAGGCCGCUGGCUUUGGGGCAAACACUUGUGCAAGAUGUGGCUGACUUGUGAUAUCAUGAGCUGCACCUCAUCCAUACUAAACUUAUGUGCCAUAGCACUAGAUCGAUACUGGGCGAUCACGGACCCAAUAAAUUAUGCGAACAAAAGGACAUUGAGAAGAGUGCUGUUACAAAUUGCCGGAGUUUGGUUGUUGUCGCUUGUUAUUAGUUCACCACCCCUGCUCGGAUGGAACGAUUGGCCAGAGGAAUUCACAAAAGACACUCCCUGUCAAUUAACAUCAGAGCCCGGCUACGUAAUCUAUUCGGCACUUGGCUCAUUUUUCAUUCCACUAGUAAUAAUGACCAUGGUGUAUAUACAAAUAUAUAUUGCUGCAAAACAGAGAUUUAGAAGGCGCACAUUGGCCACAAGAAUAUACAAAAAACGACCAGUAGUACACGUACAAAAUAAAGAGGACAGUCAAGAAAAUAAAGAGGACUCUGACAACGAUUCUGACAGUGGAGAAAGUGUUAAUAAAAAUCAGAGGAAAGCCUUCAAUGACAUUAAAAGAAACUUUUUUGUGCCGCUGCUUUUGCUUCAUGAUCCGGUUGCCAGGCAAAAACUUGAAGCCGAGAUAAACGACGGGCAACCAAAAUUGUCGCCUGGUAGUUGCGGAAGUGUAAAGAAGAGUUCAUCGUUUAAACACACAAAUCAGAAAAAGAGAAAGCAGGAAAAGCCGUUACUAGCGAGCGUCAGUAACAGCGGCGACGUGGUCCACCAGUUUAUUGAACAGAAACUUAAUCACAAUAAAGAUCACAAUAAUUUAAAAAUGUUGUCACCUGAAGACCAGCAAGUACAAAUAUGCCUACUUAAAUCCAAUUUGGAAGAAAUCGAAAGUAGCUUGGUUGUUCAGCGUUCGGCUCUGCCGGAGCUAGACGAGGAGAAUGAGCGACAGUACCGGGAGACUAUGACGGCGCUGAAGGUGUCGCGCGCGCAGAACGAACAGAUCGAGAGGCUCAAGCAGGAAAACGUUCGACUGACAGCGAAACGUACGCAGCUGAAACACCAGUGCGAGGGCUUGGCGGAGGCCCUGCAGGCGGCGCGCGACACCCGCGCCCGGGUCAUCGGCCUCAUCAAGGAUGAGGAGCGAGCAGAAGAGAGUUACAUACGUUCUUACGAAGACUCGCUGGGAAAGAAGGCGGAGCGUUUUAGGCAGACUCGGAGCUUUUACAACGAAGAAAAGAUGACUCGGGAAUUCGAAGAAGUAAAUAAGACGAAUUCCGAGUUAGAGGGCGAAGUGACACGACGUCAACAAAUCGUCGGCGAGCUGGGGAAGAAACUUGAAACUAUGAAACCGGAGAUUCCUGAAAACUUGCCUUUGGUGAUGGGAAAAAUGGAGUUAGUAGAGAAACUGAAAUUGUUUACGAAAAAUUGCGAAGAUCUUCGACAGAAAGUGAAUGAUCUGAAGAAAAGGGAUUCUUAUUUUAGUACUUCACCGUAAAUAUUUGCAUUGUUAAAUC